AGAGAAAGAAGGAUAUACACUGAAAGAGUGGUAUAUAUACCAUAUUGAGAUUUCUUAACCAUGGCAGAAGAUUUUCAGGCUUGGAUUUGCAGUGAGAACUGGUGGAAUUCAACAAGGAAUGGAUUCUCCAACUGCUUAUCGCCAUGUUCGAAAGCAGUAAAGGAUUUCAGGAGUUUCGAGUGGUCAAGGUCUGACGUUGAUGAGAUGAAAGAGAGGUCUUGUGGCGAGCUAGCUUCAGCAUCGAACAGCUCCAUCGUUACGGAAGUAUCGGAUUCAAUCAACGGUGGCAGCAUGCUGAUGGAUUCAACGUUGCAGAUGAUGGGGUGCGGCCUUCCGUCGCCGACCAUCGAUUGGAACCAAGCUUUACUAUCGACGAGUUGCAGAGCUGAAAGCAACACCCAUUCUGAUUUUCAAGCUCUAAGCUCGACGUUGGAUUUAGAAAUGGCAAUGAAACCAACUUCUUUUUCUGGUGGAAGUGAGGAUCCUAGUUCAGAUCAACAACGUUUGGAUUUUUAUGGACGCUUACAAGGCUUGUUCGAGCCUGAUCUCCAACCUCAGCAGCCUACUUAUGACAACAGAUCGACGAAUUGUUCAUCCCCUAUUAUUCAUGGCAUGAAUUCAAAUGAAAUAUCAAAUUCUCGCCAUGAACAACAUCAGUUCUUUAGAAAUCCAUCUCCCAAACAACAAUCAACUAACCUGGUUCAUUUCUCCAACAAUGCAACUUUCUUGAACACCACUGCGGCCGCCAUCAAUACCAUUCAACCUAGCUCUUACUACCCUUCAUCGCAGGCCCAAUAUCGCACACCGAACUUUGAAACAAAACCCAAUCGCAGUAAUCUCCCAGUAAAGCCAAAUCCAGAAGUUUGUGAUUGGGGCUCCACAACGAAGAAAAGUGGCAGCGAACCCGCGCCCAAAAAGCCUCGAAUUGGAACACCGUCACCAUUACCGACAUUUAAGGUCCGGAAAGAGAAAUUAGGAGACAGAAUCACUGCACUCCAGCAACUGGUUUCACCUUUCGGAAAGACGGACACCGCAUCUGUUCUCUUCGAAGCCAUUGAAUACAUCAAGUUCCUCCAUGAACAAGUCAGUGUUUUAACUACACCAUACAUGAAAAAUGAUGUUCCCAUUCAACACCAGCAGAAUUUCGAUAAAUUGAAUGGCUCAGAUGGACCGAAACAAGAUCUUCGAAGCCGUGGGCUGUGUUUAGUUCCAACUACAAGCACCUUCUCAGUUACUAAUGAGUUUGGAACUGAUUUUUCGACGCCUAUGUUUGGAGGAAUUUCACAGUUUUGAGGAACUGAUUGCUGCAAUUUAACCAAACCCAAGGACAUUUAGCAGGGAAGAGAAGAAGCACAAAAAUAGUAUGACUAUGGUGAGCUAUGAGCCUUUAGGAAUUCUUCUUGAACUUAUGCAGGUGCAAACCCCUUUAUUAGGCCCUUCUGGCCCCAGUUAUGAUCAUGGAUCACUAACAAACGUUGGAUGGGGGGGACCCACUUUGCUUGAUUGGAUGAUCAAAGCCAUCCAUCCAUAUGAGGGCAUGCAAAAUGGUCUUACUUAAUGAGAUGGCAGUGAUCACCCAAAUGAUGAUUUUUGGGCAAUGAGGAAUCCAGGAACCCUCAUAUGCAACAGUUGGCUAUCAUCUUAGGUGGACCCAUGUGGGUCCCAGAGAGGAAUUUGCACUGGAAUAAGGUAAUAAGAAGAAUUCGUACUGGAUCAUAGCCCAUAUUAUGGUAGUCUAUCAAGACAAAAAAAUAAAAAAAAAUAAAAAAAAAUCGAAGUAAGCUGAAGUUAGGUCAUGUUGGAUACCAGCUACUGGCAAAAGAUGUGGUCUGGAACAAAGAUUAGUAGAUUUGGAAGAGAAUAUUGGUUUGUGCUGUAAUAUUCAAAGUAUUAUUAUAUUCAGAGGUGGGGAUUAGGAGAUGAAAA